AUGUCAAAUAUGCUUUAUGCGUGCUCCAUUCUGUACCGGACAAAACUUCCUUUCAUUGUUGCGUUUAAUAAGGCGGAUAUAGUCUCACCUGCAUUCGCAAGAAGUUGGAUGCGGGAUUUCGAGCGUUUCGAUCAAGCUCUGGAAGAGAAUCGAAGCUCUUACAUGAACGAUCUCAGCCGCUCAUUGUCUCUGGUGUUGGAGGAAUUUUAUUCAGAUCUCAAGACAGUUUCGAUUUCUUCGGCAACUGGUGAGGGCAUGGACGAGUUUAUGAAAGCGGUUGGCGAAUGCGUGGAGCAAUAUAAGAAUGAAUACGUCCCGAUGUACAUCCGUGUUUUAGCGGAGAAAUCUAAAUUGGACGAGCAAGAGAAGCAAAGAAAGUUGAGUGAGGUUUCCGAGAAAAUGGAGGUGUUGAGCGUACACCCUACGUUAGACCCGCCAAUCAGAGAACGUAUUCAUCUUGGAGGUGUGGAGCAAGAAAAUGCUGAAGAUGCCAAUGUUCUUCGUGGGUAG